AUGCCCUCGCACUUGACCCGCCUCGUCUUCCGCAACAUCAUCGCCAACGAGCCUCUGCUAUACCGAGGAUGCCGCUACCGAGCCGUCCGACCCCGCGUCAUCACCCAGCAUGGCGCCCGAUUACUUCCCCAGACGCAACGGCGGACUUUCUUUGGGGAGCUGUUCAAGCAAAAGCGGAAGCUCAAGCCUGCAGAGGCGCCACCGGGUCUGAAUACGAUGGCUGAGGUGUCGUAUAAGCGGGCGAAUGACUUGAGACCGCCGGCACCGAAAGACGUUGCGGAUGCGAUCAAGGAGUUCUUUGCGCAAAGAAAAGGGUCAUUUGAGGAUUGGCAUGUGGGGACUGCGAUUGAAGCUCUGAAUUAUCUGCUGGAGAAUCCGAGAGAAGACGGGAAGCCAUGGCUAUAUCGGCAAGACCUGGACAAUAUCUUGGAGAAACUGCUGGACACGACGAAGCGACCGGAAAUUUUAGGGAAAGCGCACAUGGUCUUUGGGCGGCUCGUGGUCGAUGAGUUGGCAAAAUCCGAGGAGCAAGAGCCAGAGAAGGCUGGGGAGAAGAAGACGAAGGAAUUGAAGGUCCCUUUCAAGAUGUACAUCGACUCGAGGCGUGUCCAAGUUCUAUCCGCGUUCGGUGCGGCUACUCAGGCAAGGGACAUCGCGAUUAGUGCGUUCAAAUACGACAAGACAGCUAAUGCCUUGAUACGUGGCGCCGUGGUCUCUAGCUGGAACACGGUGCUUGGAGGAAUCAUCCGGGAGAACAGCCUGACCGAGGUCUCGAAAACGGUGGAUGCUUUCACAGACGCCUCAGUUCCAUUGACCAGGCCUGCGCAAGACAAACUAGUAGCAUUCUACGCUGAGCGUGCAGACCUGGAAAAAGCCAAAUCUUGGUACUCGCAACCCGUGCACACCAAAGUCGGCCACCAGGUUACCCAGCCGUCGGGCGGCACCAGCUCUGCUCUGCUAAAGGCGUGCGCCGCAGCAGGCGAUCUUACCUACGGUCAACAGGUGGUAGCGAGCAUGCUCAAGGUUGAGAUGCUCUCGAAACCUGAGUGGGAUGCAAUCUUCCUCUGGUCUGCUGCUAUCGGCAAGGGCCCUGAUGAGAUCGCUCGGAUGAUCAAUGUGCUGAUUCGCAGAAACGACGAAGCACGGCAAAAAGAUCCUAAGGUCCCUGUAAUCCGCCCAGAUACUGAGACCAUCAAUGCGCUGGUAGAGCACUGCAUGUCUAAGCAGGAUCCAUACCUGGCGGAGCGCUACAUUGUACUGGGCGAGAAGUUUGGCAUUCAUCCCGACGAGACGACCUAUACGAUGCAGAUGCAAUACCGCAUCUCCGUCGGCGAUCUCGAUGGAGCCAGAUCUGCCUACUUCAAUCUGCAGGGUAGCUUUUCUGGGGACGAGCGCAGUGUCGCAGUCGUCAAUGAGCUGAUACAAGCACUCUGCGUGUCCAAGCAGCAUCAUUUCGAUGAGUUGAUGGCCAUGGUGGACGAUCUGCACGAGCGCAAGGCCAGCUUCGCACCGGAAACUGUCGCAGCGCUAACGCUCUUGCAUCUUCGGAGGGGCGAGAUCCACGACGCGAUGGAUCUCCUCCAAGUGCACGCUCAUCAGUACUCCCCAGAACAGCGGACGAUCAUCCAAAAGGCGCUUUCCAUGUUCAUCCUGGAUGGUGAGACUAGCACCGCAGAUGCUUGGGAUGGCUACCAAAUCUUACGCAACGUGUUUGUCGAAACGCCCAGAGAAGACCGGAUACCAAUCAUGAACGGCUUCUUCGCCAGGAAUCGUUCCGACAUGGCCUGCCACGUCUUUUUCCACAUGCGCAACCACGUCAGCCCCACUCACACAGCAACAAGAGACGUCUACGUCGCAGCCUUCACUGGCUUCGCUCGCUGCCAAGAUGCCGAGUCCCUCGAACUAGCGCACAACCAACUCAAACUCGACCUAAACGUAGAGAUGGACACCAAACUCCGCAACUCACUCAUGCUCGCAUACGCCGCCACCGGCGAGAACCGCAAAGCCCUUUCCUUCUGGCGCGAGAUCUGCGAUUCCAAAGAAGGCCCCACAUACAACAUCGCUGGCUUGAUCGGCCUCGCUGGUCUUGCCUUCGCCGCUCCUACUCCCGAGUCUACUGCCGUCUCCCUCAUCCCGACCUCCCAACCCGCCGACAUCGCCGACCUCGAGUAUGUUGCCCCCGAAUGCAACAUGGGACAACAGCCAGACAUGUGGCUCGCGGCUAUCUGCGGCAACCACACCAACACGAGCACCAUGCCCAAGACCUGGCUCGGCGUCUGCGCAUUACUUACCGCCGGCGUCGCGCAUGAAGUCACAACCACGGUUCAAGACCCUGGUCUCAUGUGCAGAUUCUACGACGACAGCGACUACUGCAACAGCGACUACGUCGUCGCUACCCUUACCCACCAUUUCCGGAUCCCGUCGGCGAUUGGCAAGCAGAUCAAGUAUGUCAGGUGUGAUAAGGCGCCGCCGCGUGGGGAGUCUGGUGAGCUCGAGGCUAGAGCUGAUGAUGCUCUUCUCCACGAUGCUCCUUUUGUUCUUGGAGCGGAAGAUAUUAAGCACGCCGAAGAAGAUGACGCUCUUCCCGCCCACGACGCGAUCCCCACCCAACCCGAAGACACUUCAUCUUGGUCCCCAUCCCCCUGUAUGAACCCCGGAUCGGACUCCUACUUCUUGAUCGUGUGCGGCGGUGGCAACGCCAACUGGAUCCCCAACAAUUGGAUGAACGCGUGUGUGCGGCUGUCCGAUACCGUUGGGCACCACGUCGGCACUGUUAUUCAGAACGCGCACAUCAUGUGCAAGUAUUACGACGACAGUAACGAGUGCAAUAGCGACCAUAAAGCGUGGUCCUCCAAUACUUCAGAGGACAUCGAGCUCUUUUCGUAUCCUCCCCAGGUCGGAAACCAGCUCAAGUAUGUCAUGUGCAAGCAGCGUGAGUGGCGCAGGGGUAUUGCAUCUUCCUCCGCCUGUAUGAACCCCGAUGCGAGCCACUACUUCUUGUCCAUCUGCGGCAAUGGCAACGCCAACAACAUCCCCAACAAUUGGAUGAACGCAUGUGUGUCGCUGACCAGUACCGUUGGGUACCACGUCGAAACUCUUACUCAGAAUGCGCGCAUCACGUGCAGGUACUACGACGACAGCAACGAGUGCAAUGGCAACAUCGAAGGGUCCACCACUACUUACGAGAAAGAGGAGAGCUUUACGAUUCCACCCGAUGCUGGAAACCGGAUCAAGUAUGUCAUGUGCAAGAUUGGUCAGUGGCGCAGGGACGUUGGUGGGAUUGAAGCUCGAGAGGUCGAUGUUCCUUCCUCAUCGGAGAUCUUUGUCGCUCCGGAAAUUGUAGUCGCUCCAGACACCGAUAUCUCGCCAAGCACCGAUGUCUUACCGGCCUGGGCCUGCAUGAACCCGUCCCCAGAUAACCAAUACUUGGUUGUCUGCAGCCAUGGCGUAGGCCAACUCAUGACCAAUAAGCUCCUGGGUAACUGUCUGAAGCUAAACAGCGAUAUCGCGUAUAAUGUCGAUUCUUUCAUUCAAGAUUCAGGUCUGAGGUGUAGGUUCUACAACGACCGCCACUCAGACUGCAAAGGCGAACCCAUUUACACCGCUCAAACUCUGGAUAAGCAACACCUCUUCAAGAUCGAUGCGAAGUACGGGACUAGUUUCAAGUAUGUUUGGUGUUACAAGGGCGACCACCGGUUGAGCGAUGUUCCUGCGCUCGAAGCUCGAGUAGCGGAUACGUCUCUUGAGGCGCCAUCUUUCGCGGUCGAGGAACCGUCCGGGCUCAUCGCGCGACUCAUCAGCGAUACCGGCUACGCCUUUGAGUAUCAAGAGAACUUCGCUGGGCUCUGCAUCAAACUCCCGGAUACGGUAUCUCGUCAUUUGACGCACGCAGCCUUGGUCGAUCAUACCCUCUGCAGGUUCUACGAGAGCGGCUGCUUUACUGUCAUUAAGCCUCUCUUCACUGCAAAGAGCGAGGCCCCCUAUACCAAAGUUCCUGUGCCAUCGGAUGUCGGCAAGAAAAUCACUCACGCUGUCUGUGGGCCUUCGACUGCUCCCCAUAAUGAGAUCGAUGUGCGAGCGGAUGCUAUAUCUCUUGAAGCUAGCCCGGCGGCCGCUUCCGAAACAACGGCAUCUUGGGAGUACAUAGCGAGGAUCUUCAGCCCCACAAGCGACUUUGCUAUCAUGAGCGACCGCGACAGGUCCUGCCUUAUGUUCGAAGGCCCUUUCUCUUAUAAUGUUACCAAGGUGAACAUUGGAGCUCAUACUCUCUGCGUGUUCUACGACAACGACUGCAGUCUAGCUAAGUACCCCGUCUUCACCGUUUCAAGCACCACGGAGCAGUUUGUCAGUCGCGACGUGCCAGCGGAUAUCUCUAGGAACAUUACCCACGUUAUUUGCGGAAUAAAAGACCAUGAUGCGAUCGAGACACGAGCAGAUGCUACGACGUUUUCCCUAACCCUUGCGCAAAUCUCCAGCAGCACAAGCAAAAUGUCUGUCACUAGCGAAAACGGCCGAGCCUGCGUUAUCUUGAAAGAUCGUAUUUCCCGCGAUGUUGCCAGUGUAACUGUUGGAGCUCACACUCUCUGCGUAUUCUACGACAACGAUUGCACCCUAGCUAAAUACCCCGUCUUCACCGUUUCGACUGACAAGGCGCAGUUCACCGCUCGAGACGUGCCAGCGGAUGUUGGCAAGAAGAUCACCCACGUCAUGUGCGGGAAGAAAGACGGUUAUGCCAGCAUCAAUGCACGAGCGGACGAUUCAUCUCUCCAGACCACAGCCCAGAAGACGAAGAUGGCCCGCGUCCUCAGCGAUACAGCCGACUUGUACAUCUACGACGACAACGAUGCGGAUUGCGUUGCGCUCAGCAAGCAUGUGGCUAAUGACGUGGUCGGAGUACAGUUAGAAGCCAACAUUCUCUGCGUGUUUUACACCAAUGCCUGCAAUAUCGCCAAGUUCCCGAUUUUCCGCGCUUCGAAUCCUUGGAGCAAUGUCGUGAGUGUGGAUAUCCCGGGGUAUACUGGCCGCGACAUCACACACGUCGCUUGCGGGAAGAAGCAUACCCUUGAUGCUGAAAUCGAUGCGUGGGCGGCUACUGCACCGUUUGUCGAUGCCCGAGCGGAAACUACACCCACUGUCGAUGCGCAGGCGGUUACUACACCCAUUGUCGACAGCACGGUACUGACGACUUUACACUUGGACGGCCCGGAAAUUGCCAGGGUAUUCAGCAAGACUGCCAUGUUUGGUGUUAAAGAUGAAGACGCCAAUACCUGCAUCCCACUUGGCGACUCCAUUGCGAAUGAUCUUUUCGCCGUGGCCGUACACGAAAACGUCCUCUGCAGGUUCUGGGAGAACAGCUGCGACGUAGCCAAGGGUCCUCUGUACCAGCUCCACUCGAACAAGGGGGAUGUUGCCUCUAAAGUACCUUCCGACAUUGGCAAGCAGCUUACUCAUUUCAUGUGCAUGCGUACUGAGCCUCAAGCUGCAAUCAUUACGCGAGAAGCACUAGACACAUCGAUGGCCGACCCUGGAGCCAUGGCCUUCCUAUUCGGCAGCACUUCCCAGCUUGGUAUCUACGAUGAAGACACCAAGAAGUGUAUCCAGCUUGGCGACUCUAUUGCGCAUGAUCUCAUCGCUGUGGCUGUACCCCGAAACGUUUCCUGCUCGUUCUACAAGGACGGCUGCGAUGUAUCCAAGGGUCCUGUUUUCCUUGUUGCGUCGGGCCAGGGGCGUGGGGAUGUUCAUUACGUGCCCGCGGAGAUUGGCGAGAGGCUUACUCAUGUCAUUUGUGUGCGUACUCAGCCUCACGCUGAGAUCGUUGCGCGAGAGGAAGGUUCUCGGUCCAAUGUAGCUCUCAUCACUUCCGCGGCCUCUGCAGCCAACACACCGGAUCCAGCUACCGACUUAACCAAUACCCAGAUCCAAUACCCCAGGGACGGAUACAGCCCCGUAGACCUCCCAGUCGGCGAUCUAUUCACCUGCUCUUAUGAGCAAACCGAUAGCUGCUGGAUCAUGGAUGCACUCAACGAUUGCUUGGAAUUCCCUACGAACACCGCCCACAACGUCAUGAUCCUCGAGCAGGCUAAGGGGACGUAUUGUUGGUACUACAACAAGCCUGGGUGCAAGGAUAGUGAUGAGGUUUUCCAUCACACAUCGGCGCCAGGAAAUCCGACUGCAUUUAUCGGGACCUUCUUCAAGGAUCUCGCGAGUGUGGUGUGCGGAGGUCCCGGUGUGACAUCUGAGCUGGAAGUCAUUCCCCACGACCAUGCUAUCGAAAAGGUCACCGCCGUGGACAGGCCCAUCUACGCCGACGAUAUCACCAAGCGCGAUUCUCUCCCCACGGACUCGGCACCUUCAUGGACACUUCCUAGAAUCAUCCGAGUGGGCGAAGUAUUCGCCUGCUCCGAAGACUUUGCCUCCGGCUGCUGGUACAUCAACGCCCAAAAUAAAUGCACGGAUUUUCCGGCCCAGGUCGCCCACAAGUCCCAAUUCAUCAUGCAGGCCAAGGGUACAUGGUGCAAGUAUUACCUCGAAGCCGGCUGCUCGCACGAAGCGUGGCAGUACGUAUCUUCUCCCACGGAUCACACUACGUUUGGGGUCAAGACCAACCUGGUCGCGAGCGUGGAGUGUCAAGCUUCUAAGGCGACUGCGAACGAGGUCACCAAGCGCGACUGGCCCCCAGGCUCAACAACAGUCUGUCACCAAGCGCACUACCAGUUCUGCACCGACAACGCCAUCAAUGCCAUCCAGCAAUGCGCCAACUUUGCUCCUGCGGAUCAGGGCCCGGUCUCGAUCAUCCAGUAUGGUGGCGCAUACUGCAAGUGGUACCGCGACUUUGGCUGUGGAGGUGGAGAGGACAAGUCGCCUAUGAGCAUUGAUUCUAGGGGUGGAGAGCAGUGGGUCGAUGAUUUGAGCGUGGAGAACAGGUUCAAGAGCGUCAAGUGUGAGGCGUAUCAGUGGUAG